GCUUGAUGUCCGCACCAUUCCAACGUCACAUCUGCAUAUUCCAUCAGAUUCAACAAAUAAACAUGGGUGUUCUCGAUAUCGUUCCUACUGGUGUCAUCACUGGCGACAACGUCUUGAAGUUGUUCACUUACGCUCGUGAGCACGGUUUCGCUCUCCCUGCUAUCAACGUCACCUCCACUUCCACUGCUAUUGCUGCUUUGGAGGCUGCUCGUGAGGCUCGUUCCCCCAUUGUCCUUCAAUGCUCCAACGGUGGUUCUGCUUACUUCGCCGGUAAGGCCUCCUCCAACGAGGGCCAAAAGGCUUCCAUUGCUGGUUCCAUUGCUGCUGCUCACUUCAUCCGUAGCAUUGCUCCCUUCUACAAUGUUCCCGUUGUCCUUCACUCUGACCACUGUGCCAAGAAGCUCCUUCCCUGGAUGAACGGUAUGUUCGAGGCUGACGAGGCCUACUUCAAGGUUCACGGUGAGCCCCUUUUCUCCUCCCACAUGCUUGACUUGUCCGAGGAGCCCAAGCCCGAGAACAUUGCUCAAGUUAAGGCUUACUGCAAGCGUGCUGCUCCCAUGAAGAUCUGGAUCGAGAUGGAGAUCGGUAUCACCGGUGGUGAGGAGGAUGGUGUCGACAACUCUGGUGUCGAUCACACCCAACUUUACACUACCCCCGAGGACAUCUGGGAUGUUUACCGUGAGCUCUCUGAGGUCACCCCCUACUUCUCCAUUGCCGCUGCCUUCGGUAACGUCCACGGUGUCUACAAGCCCGGUAACGUCAAGCUUCAACCCGCUCUUUUGGGCAAGCACCAAGAGUACGUUAAGGCUCAAUUGAAGACCAACAACGUCAAGCCCGUCUUCUUCGUCUUCCACGGUGGCUCUGGUUCCUCCGUCGAGGAGUUCCGUACUGGUAUCAAGAACGGUGUUGUCAAGGUCAACUUGGACACUGACACCCAAUACGCUUACCUCGAGGGUAUCCGUGACUACAUCUUGAACAAGAAGGACUACCUCAUGGCUCCCGUUGGUAACCCCGAUGGUGCCGACAAGCCCAACAAGAAGUUCUUCGACCCCCGUGUCUGGGUCUUCGAGGGUGAGAAGACCAUGACUAAGCGUAUCAAGAAGGCUUUGGAGGACUUCUAUGCCACCAACACCUUGUAAGCUGCAGGAAUGAUUGUAAAUUAGAUCAAUAGAGGAUGUGUUAUAGAAACUUUUCAGGGUGGGUGUGUUGAUUGUUGAUAGGUGGCGACCAUUCUUAUUGAAUAAAUAUCUUUCCUUCAAGUCGUUUGUCUGAA